AUGGAUGAUGGUCACUGGCACCCGAUCGCGUUUUGGUCCAGAAAACUCACAGAAGCAGAAAGACAUUAUCAAACAUAUGAUUUAGAAAUGUUGCCGAUUGUAGAAGCUUUCAGGCAAUGGCGCCACUACCUACAUGGUAGCAGGCACCCAAUAGUUGUUUUAUCUGACCAUGCCAACCUCCGGCGCUUCAUGACGACGAAGCAGCUAAAUGGGCGUCAGAUUCGUUGGAUGCAAAUGCUCUCAGCGUUCGAUUUUGAAAUUGAGCACCAUCCUGGGAAAAAUAAUCCCGCAGAUGCACCAAGUCGUCGCUCAGAUUAUAUAAAACACGCAGCUCCCUUGACGGGGCUCCCUACCCUGCAAGAGAAGCUGCGUAAGGGGAUCUUUAAGUCACUAAAGACAAAAGAAAACACAAAGUUAGACCAAUGUGUCAAGAUGGUGCGAAAAAAUCUGCAAGUUAAAGAAAAUUGUUGGGCGAAGGGGCCCGUAGUCAUCGAUGACAACAAACCCUGCAGGAUAAAGAACGCACCUGCAGAUGAGAACGAAGUCGCCGGCGUUACGGGGUUAGACCUAGGGACCCUGGUGCCACGGAUUCUAGCCGUUAAGGUAUUUGAGUCCGAGAUAGCCUAUCGCGAAGAGGUAGCUGAAUCUAUUGUCGAACUCUUGCUGCAGGUUCAGAAUAGGGACGCUGGCACGUCUGAACUUCGCAGAAGACUAGAGGUGGGUGACGCUAGCGUAGGUGAUCGUUCGACCUGGGCAGUAGACAAAGAUGGCCUGCUCAGGAAAGAUGGUAAAGUCUACGUACCGCAAGACAAGGCCGUAAGGCAUGAAAUAAUGAAAAUGAACCACGAUGAUCCCCAAGGUGGCCAUUUUGGACGUGACAAAACCAUCGAAGCGAUCAAACGCAAGUACUCGUGGCAUGGUAUGAGCGAUGAGAUUGCAGAAUAUGUGAGGACCUGCGAUGUUUGCCAACGCGUCAAGAUACCGCGGCAUAAGCCGUACGGGUUGCUACAACCACAUCCAGUGCCAGAUAAGAAAUGGCAUACAAUCAGUAUGGACUUUAUUGAAGGCCUACCAGAUAAUAAGAAGGGAAGUCAAACUUACAAUGCUAUUGUCGUAUUUGUUGAUUUGUUCACUAAAUGGGCCAUAAUUGUACCCACAUCUUCAAAGCUAGAUGCGGAAAGACUCGCGGACAUUAUUGUAUGGAAGCUUGCGAAGAACUUUGGCCUACCUGCGAACAUUAUUAGCGACCGAGAUUCAUUAAUAAACAGCAAGUUCUGGUCAACAUUAUGUUACUUACUCCAUGUCCGACGAAAAUUAUCAACAGCCUUCCAUCCGCAAACCGACGGCCAAACGGAACGAUUGAACCAGGUGAUUGAACAUUAUCUUCGCACAUAUUGCAGCUACCAGCAGGAUAACUGGAUAGAGUGGAUUCCCCUGGCGCAAUGGGCAUAUAAUAACGCCUUCCACGCAUCGAUAAAAAUGACACCAUCUGAAGCGAUGAUCGGCCGACCAACUGAACUUCGUAUAGACGUGGAACCCCCAAGCACGGGCGCGUCAAAGUCGGCGAUAGAACAAGUGGAACGGAUGAAGCAAGCAGAAAACAGGAUCCGAGAAUGCCUAGAAGCUGCCAAAGCAGCUGAGAAAAAGUAUUAUGAUCAGCGCCAUAUACCAAAAAGCUUUAAGAUAGGGGACUGGGUAAUGCUGCGUGCAAAAAAUAUAUCCACCUUGCGACCUUCACCCAAACUAGAUCAUCGAUUUUUGGGUCCCUUCCAAAUAAUUGAUAUACGCGGUACGCAGGCGUACAAACUGAAGCUUACGCCACAAUAUAAAGGAAUUCAUCCCGUGUUCCACGUUUCCCUUCUCGAACCGUAUCACGCGCGCGACGGACAGAUCCCACAGGCAGAACCGAUAAUUAUAGACGCGCAGGAGGAAUGGGAAGUUGAAGCUAUAUUGGAUAAACGUCAGUACCGUGGUCAAACCCAAUAUCUUGUUAAAUGGAAGGAUUGCACAGACGCGGAUAAUUCUUGGGAACCUGAAGAAAAUUUGGUGAACAGCCAGGAGUACUUGGAACAGUUUAAUAAAACCUAUCAGGAGCCAGUCAAUCCGCCUCAGCUUGGCCAGUGUCAUUUGAGGAAUUGUCACCAAGGCAGACGUGCUUAUUACCCCGGAUUUCCUCAACUGGCGAAGCACGACGUUUCAACGAUGACUCGGGAGCUGCGACCGGCGAUGUAG